ACGUGAAAUUGUGUAAAGUUGUAGAUUGAAGCAUAUAAAUUAAAACAAUGGGUCGCGCCGAAGCGGGUACUCCCAAGUACCUAGCCAACAAGAUGAAGGCGAAGGGUUUGCAAAAGCUGCGCUGGUACUGUCAGAUGUGUGAAAAACAGUGCCGAGACGAGAACGGCUUCAAGUGUCAUACAAUGAGCGAAUCACAUCAGCGGCAACUGUUACUGUUCGCAGACUCGCCUGGUAAAUUUCUGCACAACUUUUCCAAAGAGUUCUCGGAUGGUUAUAUGGAGUUGCUGCGUCGACGAUUCGGCACCAAGCGCACAAAUGCAAACAAGGUAUAUCAGGAGUACAUAGCGCACAAGGAGCAUGUGCACAUGAAUGCAACGCGCUGGCUGACGCUUUCCGACUAUGUCAAGUGGCUAGGGCGCACUGGUCAAGCAGUGGCCGAUGAAACGGAAAAGGGCUGGUUUAUUACAUACAUUGAUCGCAGUCCAGAGGCUAUGGAGCGUCAAGCAAAAGCCGAGGGUAAGGAAAAGAUGGAGAAGGACGACGAGGAGCGCAUGACUGAGUUUAUUAAGAAGCAGAUUAAGAAAGCCAAGGCAAGAGAUGGUAAUGAUGAAGAUCCAGAGGACAAAUAUACAGAGCUGAAGCGUGAGGAAGAGCAGCCGCUAAAGCUCGACAUACGGCUGGAGAAAAAGUUUAUACCAGAAACGAUUCUGGGCAAAUCUGCACUUAACAAACGCUCCAAUAUGGACAGCGAUGAAAAAGUUUUCAAGAAGCCCAAGUCUAUGCCAACAGAAAGCAGCAGAUCCGCACUAGACGAUAUAAUAAAGCAGGAAGAACAAAAGAAGGAACGCGCGAACCGCAAGGACUACUGGCUUCAUCCCAAUAUUGUAGUGAAAUUUAUAUCAAAAUCUAUGGGCGAUAAGUUCUACAAGCAAAAGGCUGUGGUACAAGAAGUAAUUGAUAAAUAUCGAGCAAAGAUCAAAUUUUUAGAUACUGGCGAAAAGCUAAAAGUUGAUCAGGCACAUCUGGAAACUGUUAUACCAGCAAUGGAAAAAGAAGUUUUGGUCGUCAAUGGCGCAUAUCGUGGCAGUGAAGCAUUGCUCAAGAAGUUGGACGAGCGCAAAUACUGCGUCAGCGUCGAGAUAUUACACGGGCCACUUAAAGGACGGAUUGUAGAUAACGUGCAGUACGAAGAUAUAUCAAAACUAUACGACACGUAGUGAACAAACAACUACCACCUAAAACUCGAGUAUUUUUAAGUUAAAAUAAACAUUUAUGUGAAUAAUAUGAUUGUAA